AUGGUCGGACGUCAAAAGAUAAGACGCGGUCGCGGUACCGCUCGGAGAACUGUUUCUCGGUCGCCUGUGAUCGGUGACACCGCUUCUAAUAUAAACAAGAACAUCAAUAACAACAACAAUAACAACGAUAUCACCACCAACCAUACCCCUCUCGCCCCACCUCCCGCUCUGCUAGAAGAACAACCUCAGGCUGCCCCUAAACUUAUGCCGAAGCUUCCAUCCUCCGGUGGCAGCUCUAAAAGGAAAUUCGACGAUAUUGCAGAAGUUUCUUGGGACAGCGCAGAUGACAAACCGUUACCAGAAGUUUCUUUUUCCGCCAAUGCUUCAAUCGUGACCGUAUCGGAGCGCCCCUCCAGAAGGGUCCGGUCAACCUAUACACUUGCUGCUAGUAUCGCCUCUAUCGAAAAAACAACUGGCACUCGCUCGCGACGAGCUGCUACUCUUGAGAAAUCGGUUACUAGGAAUCCAUUAUCAUCAGGCUUCUCGAAACCGAACGACAGCGAAAAAUUGGUUGUAAAGGCUCGUGAUGGUCGGGAAUGCUGGCUUUGUUCGCAAUCGAACACUGUUAUGUUAGAGACAGCUCACAAUGUUGUCGCCUCUAAUCGUGAUCUCUUCCUUAAUUAUCGUGAUACCGUGGGAAUUUUCCCUCCAAACCUUCGACAUCUGGCAUCUCCCCAUAAUCUCGUCACUCUCUGCAGGAACUGCCAUUGUGUGUACGAUUGCCAGCAACCUCGCUGGAUUAUCCUCCCAACAAACCUCCAAUACUUUAUCGAUCACGAAACCGCAGACUACGAAUCACGAAUCAAAGCGGCUUCGGAAGGUCUUGUAAAACCCCGAAGUGUACCGACAGCUAUCCAAUACACCACGGCUUCCCCGACGAACCUCUAUAUGCCCUACUUCUUUGAAGAGUCCGUGAUGCCGAGGAUGGAUACUAAAGAUGUGGAUAGCCGGUUCCCGAGGGCUUAUGGUGGCGCGCCCACGACAAUGAUUUUGAAAGCGGGGCUUGGAAUAAAUCAGCCAAAAAUAAAGGGACCUAAGAGCUCGUCUCCGCCAUUUGCCACUGGUAUUCCCGCCACUGUUCGGCAUCAGGUUACAGCCCUAUUUGAGCUCUGGGACAGAGAUCCGCCGUCGCCGAGGAAACAGCCAAAUCCUGCCGCGAAGGCUUGCAUUAAGGAAGAAGACCAGCCACCAGGGUCAGAAGAUGAUGAGAACAGCCAAAGCGGUACGAAGAAGAGAAAAUCUAGACCCAAUGCUUCAUGGAAGAAGAGGAAGACACCUCCAUCACAGACGGUAGAGGAAGAUCAUCAAGACGAGCUAGCCGAUAUAUGUGCACCCACAAAAAAGAAAGCUAGGAUUGCACCAGCAGAUAGGGCUGAUCAUUCUCCUGCCUCCCAAGCAACAACAGCUGCUACCAAGUCUGCUAGCCAAGACUCUCAAUUCUCCUCCGUCGAGAGGAGGUACAAUCUUCGCUCGCAGUACCGAACCCCACCCACAUCUCCCGAAUUUACAAACACGGCUCUUGUCAAAAAGGCUUCUCGCAAGUUGAAUGCCGUAACCACCAAAAAAAACCUUACUAAAAUCAACCGGGCUGGUUCUUCCAGUCGUGAGAGUGUUCUCGCGAAGCAGACAAAAAGAAAGAUUGCUAAAACUAAAUCGACUAAGAAAACCUCCAAGAAAGAUGAAAAGAAGACGCGUUCUAAAUCGCCAAAGGGGAAGGCAGCAGCUAUAGCACCUCUCACCCCAAAAUCACACCCCAGCCCUAACGAUCCGAUGCGAGGCAAUGCCGUGGCCAAUGCUGUGAAAGCAGCAACCAAGAAGCAAGCUCUUGGAGAAUCACCACUGCAGCAAAGUGUUAAGCGUAGUGCCGCUUCUUUGUUCGCAGAUGUCGCAGGAACUACUUCUGCGGAAGCCUUCUCCCUCGCCGAAGGUACUGGUGCCACCAAGAAGAGUAUUAGCAAAAAUAUAUCCAGUCUAGCACAACGUCUACCACCCGCCCAGUUUGAUGAGAAUCUGCCGGGCGAGGAAAUGGCGGAUUUCAAUAGUGCUGCGAGCAAUGUUGAUUCACUUGACCCUCAAUCUGGUGAUUCUGACAAGGGUUGUGAAGAUGAGCACGACGAUGGUUAUGCUUCGGAUAGUGGGAGCGAACGGCCCGAUAAACAAGACUGGGCUUGGGGGCCUGAGAAUACAGCCAACGACGUAGUUGAAGCCUGCGUUGGAUGGUUUGGUGUUGGGACUGUCGGGAAUAUUGCUGAAUAA